UUUUAUUUCGAGAAUCGACUCAGGAACGUUCAUAAUGCCACCGUCUUGAUAAUUGGGGAGUUUAACACCAGCCAGGUGUGCUCCCAAUGUCACGCUCCUAUCAAGAUGUGUGGUGUGGCAACCCAGCAAGAAGCUGCCAUCGUUGGAGUCCACCAUUUUGUACGCAGAUGUACCAAUAAUAUUUGUCGUAUAAUCUGGAACCGAGAUGUCAACGCUACGAGGAACAUGGCUUUUUUGGGUAUCAAUUGGUCUACCAAGUGGAUCGCCCAGAUCCUCCUUUCAAUGCUUCCGUUCCCCAUCCACCAAGUGUGCAUGUCAAUAACGUCAUGCAAGCGGCCACGCUCGCGUAGGAUAGAAAACUAUAACUAGAUUUCUUUUUUUUUUUAUGUCCUCUAAUCAAAGACUUCGUCAAAUGGCACAGAAGAGUAGCUAAGCAUAUUGCCUUUGAUGGACUCUCAAUCUGUUUCGUUAAAAAAUAC